CUAGUGAGAUAGGGGGUGGGUGGUAGUUCGAUCUCAGAAAAAAUAUCCGUGGAAACAAUGAAUGUAAUUACAUUUUUUCUGUUGAAUGAGAUUCAGCUGUUCGGCACACGUUAGGGUAUUGCUUGCGCCCUUGCUCUGGUCACACUUUGCUGUUUUCGCAAAGAUUUGUUUAUAAAAAAUUAGACAAUUUUUUGUUUUCAAGAGACGGAAAAUAGAUAAUCGAAAAAUGUCCACCUCCGAUGUGGAUAAAAGCAUCGAGUUGAUUACCAAGACGGAGGAGUUGGCCGACAAGAUAUUGGUCAAUAAGCACGAGCUGACGGUUAUGGACAAACGCCGCCAAGAGACGCGGGAGGCACUGCGUCUCGUGGAGAAGACAGAGGAAAAGAAGGUCUGGAUCACCAUUGGCAGCAUGCUGGUGAAGAUGCCCAAGGACAAGGCAGUGGAGCUGCUCAAGAAGGAUCAGCAGCAGAUUGAAAAGGAGAUAAAUCUAAUUUACUCGGAUCAAAAGAUUCUGGUAAACAAGCAUCGUGACCUGGAGUUCAAGUCGCCAUUUUCGGGCACGAACAUCAAGGCACUGGACCGACAUGAAUUUAAUGCAUUGAAAGCUAAUCUUCACUUGUAAUUUAACAAAUUAAAUUAAGUAAAAAUUAAGAGUGCUACAGCACACAGUUAUGUUUUUACCAUAA